CCACUCCUUGAAACCCAGGUGUAUACUCUCUCAGGGGUCAGAGAGGCCUCGGAAGGAAGGAUACCCUCUCUCGCAAACAUCACUUUGCAUACUGAUUUUCAUGUGUUCCAUUCACGGAGGGAGUCUGGUCUAGAUCAUUCCCUGCAACUUAACUCCCUCACCUCGGAACAAUCAAAAUCUUAGCCUCACAUUGGCAGGAACGAUUUUCUCUCUCCCAGACAGACAACGCUGCCAUGGCAAUAAAGUGUGAGGCAGAUUUGAUAUUGUGUUUUGAAAAUCAUUGAUUACUGGGCUAGUGAUGGAUCUCAACGCUCUUUUCAAGGGUAGAUUUUGUUGCUUUCUCAAGGACCCACUUGAAGAGGCUGAGACUUGGGGAGAGUCUGUGGACAAACUCCUGUGUAGUAAACCUGGGCAGGCAGCUUUCCGACAAUUCCUGAAGUCAGAGUAUAGUGAGGAGAAUAUCCUGUUUUGGCUGGCCUGUGAGGACUACAAGAAGAUCAAGUCUCUUCCAGAGAUGAUCUCCUCUGCAAACAGGAUCUACUCUGAGUUUGUGGAAUGUGAAGCACCCAGACAGAUCAACAUUGAUUGUGGGACCAGAGAAAAUAUCACCAAGAACAUCUCCCAGCCGAGCCUGACUUCCUUUGACGCGGCACAGAAGCUGAUCUACAGUCUGAUGGCCAGGGAUUGUUACCCACGAUUCCUCAAGUCAGACAUCUACCAGGAUUUGCUUCGGAGAGCAGAUGCAAGGUGACUCUCUUAAAUGACAAACGCUCUAAGUGUUUCUCAACAUUUUAUGUACCACAGACAAGCUAUAGUCCCUCCAUCCAUGGAGGACCACUUUGAUUAAAGGGAUGGUUUUAUUUAUUUUUUACCUUAUUUUCGACUUACCUAGGGUGUUGUUACCUAGGGUUUAGUUUAGCAACGUCCAGAAUCUCCUGGCUAGACUGUUUUUAAAUGUAGCAAUGCACGUAGAAAUGGAUUGUAUCGUUCCUUAAAACUAGCACCUGAGAACUGACUAAAUGGCUGCCAGCUCACCAUUUAACCAGGAACUGGUCAAGAACAACCCAGAAGUUGAGAAACACAUUCUUUCAACUCUUUCAUCUACACUAUGCUUACCAUGUUAUUGCAAUCCAUCUACACUAUGCUUACCAUGUUAUUGCAAUCCAUCUACACUAUGCUUACCAUGUUAUUGCAAUCCAUGUCCAAACAAUAUCAGAGAUAUCUUUUCUGUAACUGGUGACUACAUUUAAUGGGUUGAUUCCAUUCUCAAUGAAUGUAUAUAGUAUAAUGUGUGCAAAGUUGUAUUUAACUAAGUAAUUUGUAGAGACUAAAAUGCCAACAUGUUGCCCCUUUGACUAUAAAUUAGAUGAUGAAUAAGUUCUUAAUUUGUAUCAAUAGUAUUAUCACUUCUGUAUGUAAUCAGAUACCGUCUCAAAUUGAAAUUAACAUGAUCUGAAUGAAUCAAGCAUCAAAUUUGAAAUAAAAAACUA